ACAAAACAAAAGCCACACAUUUCAAUGAACAGGCGCUGGUCGCUUUUUUUAUUUUUGUUACCAAAAAACAAUUUAUUUCGUUAAUCAUAUCUAUUUCAGUUUAGCUACCAUAGUGUGUACGUUCUGCAUGAUGCCCAGUAGCACGUCUUUGCUGGAGGCCGAUGAGGGAGAGUCCGAGGUCCCACCGCCGCUAGUACACGCUUUCGCCGGUAUGGGCCUCGAGGAGCACCACGGCACUCAAAACCAGACCCCCGAACAAGAAGUUGAAAGUAUUUCUUUCCCCCACCACCAUCAGCUACCCUCGGUUUCUCAAUUCAGCUUCCUCGAUACGGUCCUCGACUUGAAGCCUUUGCCGCUGAAUCGGCGGCCGUCGGGAGAUGAGGCGAGCAAGACGACGGACGACGAAGAGCUCGAAGCGGACGACUCUUCGAAGGCCCACCGCCAUCAUCAGCGCCUCCCGCCCGGGCCGAACAGCACCAUGAUGCCGUCCGGAAUGGAUGCCGAGACGGUGUUGCUGUACGGCGGGGAGGAGCGGGACGAUGGCGGCGUCUUACCCCCGGCUAGCGUGGUGAUGCUACCACCCGGCGUGUACGGGGAGCUACCGGGUUACGAGGCCGAGCCUUCGCUCCUGAGCCGGCGAAAGAGUGUCAACACGACCGAGUGCGUGGCGGUGCCGAGCUCCGAGCACGUCGCAGAGAUCGUGGGCAGGCAGGGCUGUAAGAUCAAGGCGCUUCGAGCCAAGACAAACACCUACAUUAAGACGCCGGUGAGGGGCGAGCAGCCUGUCUUUGUCGUGACGGGACGCAAAGAAGAUGUGGCCAUGGCUAAGAGGGAGAUCCUGUCUGCAGCCGAGCACUUCUCGCUCAUCAGAGCUUCUCGAAACAAAGCGGGGCCCCUGACAGCUGUUAGCGAUUUAGGGGCCCCCACUCUACCUGGACAGACGACCAUUCAGGUGCGGGUGCCGUAUCGCGUUGUUGGAUUGGUUGUGGGCCCAAAAGGUGCAACCAUCAAGCGCAUCCAGCAGCAGACCCACACCUACAUCGUGACUCCAAGUCGCGAUAAAGAGCCCGUUUUUGAGGUCACGGGGAUGCCGGAGAACGUGGACCGGGCGAGGGAAGAAAUAGAGGCGCACAUCGCCCUCCGCACUGGAACCUGCGGGGGCAUUGAAGUUCCAGGUGUGGAUAACAGUGAUUUUCAGUUCAACGGCACAGACGUCAGCUUUGACACUUCUGCAGUUCCAGCUGGGUUGGGGGAGGCUGGAUGGCUCCAUGCAGGCGCAUCAUCACCAGGCGGGGGAAGCGCGCCUCCCGCGACCAUCAGCAGCACUCAGCGGGUCAACAGCAAUAUGAGUGGAGCUGUCAGGAUGUCUUCCACCUACCGCAAUGACAGCUCUAGCUCACUGGGCAGCGGCUCCAGCUCGGCUGAUUCUUUCUACAGCGGGGGGAACGGGAACCGGAUGGCAGAUUUCAGCCCAACUUUUCCGUUCAACGCCAACUCCAACAACAACAACAACAACAGUGGCGGCAGCACAAACUUCUGGUUUGGUGAUAAACUCCUUGGCGUGGGGUCUGAGGAGCUCCUCAUCCUGGGCGGUAGAGGCUCCUCGGGAUUUGAUCCGUUAACCAUUUCCACUGCCCAUACCUCGCACUCCGCUGCACAGUCGCACAUCUGGAGUUCGUUCGUGGACAACCAGUCUCUUCAGGCCUUGGAUUCUUUGCAGUCUCAGACCAGCCAGCCCGGUACGCCCCGCCUCUCUCCAACCUUCUCUGGGACUGAAGCCUUGGAGCACCCUCAGGCCCAGCGUGUUCACAGAAGGCCUUUCGGGUCAGCCGGGACCCUCGACGCCCACAGGAUCCCCUCGUACAGCUCGGCCUUCUCCUCCUCCAGUGAAAGCACCACCUCCUCCUCUCCUCCUGACUCCUCUUUCUCCUAUCGUCCGGGCCUCGGGUCAUCAGGGAGGGGGCAGGAGAUGUGCAUCCAGUGUAUGGAUAACCAGGUGAACGCCGCCUUGGUUCCAUGCGGCCAUAACCUCUUCUGUGUAGAUUGUGCCACCCAGAUAUGCCAAGGCUCAGAGGCUGUGUGCCCCGUGUGCCUGUCCCCGGCCACACAGGCCAUUCAGCUCCGCAAUAUGUGAUUUUUAAUCCAUUAACCUUGAUUUCUGAUGAAGGGUCAACCUCCCCAACAAAUCUGGUUCACAGCAUAUGUCCUAAACUUACAAGCAGACCCCAAAUCAGUGUUUAGGUCUCAGCCCAGCUCUGUCCAGGCUGGUGUUAAGUUGACUUAAGGUGCAGAAGAAGUGAAAUAGGAAUGAUGUUUGUUUAGGGCGAGUGUCCGGGUGUUCAGCCCAUUCAUGUGCCUGCUGUUGCAAAGGCUUGAUUGAUCAACGGGAGGGUUAGAAAUCCUCUAUGUAGCAUUAGGAGGGUAGGGAUUGAUUUACACAUUCUUUUUACAUAGUUUUUCUAAUUUCCCUAGUUUUUGUUAUUAGUUUCUCUCCACUUAUAUUUUUUAUGUAUUUUAUGUUAAUUUCUGUUGGAAAGAUGCCUUCAGGUCAACACUUUUAAAUUUUUAUUUUGCGAGAAUCUCAGAAAG